CUUGGUCGGGAUUAGCCGUGCUGUGCUGCUGAGCUGCGAACAGUGUUUGCCGUGUCCAACAAUAAACCCCGUGUUAGCGUGUCCGAAUUGUGCGAAGUCUGGCUCGCGAGUUUCUGCACACAGUUCAUAAGGAUACACAAACACACACACAGGGCGACGACGCGUCUUGCUGUGUCGUGAUAGCUGUCAGGUACGGGACGUGUGAUGUGUCCAUCAAAACGCGCGAAGGGACAGUGAUCACGGAUAUCCGGCCCAAACUGACGGACGGCUAUCGGACGUUCCCGAUCAGCAGGCCUGUCACCGGACGUCACCGAAACCUGGUGCUGGUGGUGGUGGCACUGGACUAAGUGAUAAUACCUUUGGGGUGGUACGCUAUAAAAAUGACAUCACGUGGACGCGACUACCAAAAACCAAUCCACCGGAAAUAAUAGACGCUAAAGAACGCAGUGAAAAGAUAAGUGUAAAGCAGUUCCUCGGUGUUCCGCGUUCUGUGUGUGUGUGUGCGCGCCAUCCCCCAAAAGGGAAGUGAUUGUGUUGUAAGCUGGAUUGUGUUGUCGGUGGGAAAAAUAAAACCCCGGAUCUUUCGGAUGGUCCGCAGCGGCAGCAUUACAGUGGCAUAGCUCAAUCCGUGGGCCGACGACGACGACGACGACGACGGCUGGUGGGCUCCGGUUAGGUCAGGGAAAAACGGAAUAGUAAUUAAAUUUUCUCUGCCAGUGCUAUAUUGCUGGUCGGCUGCUGGCGGUGGUGCUCGGGUCGCUACGAGUUUCUUGAGCGGUUGGCGUGAGUGCGUGCGUGUAUGUGUGUGUGAGUGUGUGCUUAGUCUGGAGAAGGACCUCACCGUUCGACCUCACCGGGUGCAGAGUCGAAAAGACGACGACGACGACGUCCAUUUUCGGUCCGGACGACGACCGAGGUUGUUCGAGCGAGCGUAACCGAUUCUGAGCAAACAAGAUACAACGGCGUGCAGCGUAACGGUGGCCGCUUGGACCUUACACGGCAGGGGAAAACCAUCGCAAUGGGGAAUGAUGCAAGGUGUUCGGCCAGCUGGACAUUGCUGGUGUGCCUGCUCGUGCUGCUUCUGAGCUGCGGAUUAAGCCACAGCUUCCCGGAGCCAUUUAUUUCAACAAUUGAUACUGACGCACCAACCGUCGCACCGAAAUUUAUGACUCGAGGGCAUCUCUACAAGGCUAUCAUCGGCGACUCGAUCGAGCUGCCGUGCAAAGUAAAGGAUCUGGGGUCCUACGUGCUGCUGUGGCGUCGGGGGACCUCGGUGCUUACGGCAGCUAAUUUAAUGGUGACACGUGAUCCAAGAUUCAAGCUGGUCGAGGGCUACAACCUGCAGAUAGCGAACGUGAAAAUCCAGGACGCCGGUGAUUAUAUUUGUCAGAUCGGUGAUAACGAAAGCCGGGAUCAGGUCCACACGCUGGAAAUACUGGUACCUCCAACAAUACGAGUCGUUCCCCAGAACCGACAGAUCACGGCCCGGAAGGGUAGCACCGUAACGUUGGAAUGCAAGGCAUCCGGUAACCCAGUGCCGGCCAUCUACUGGCACAAGAAGGAUGCAUUCAGCGGAUCGUCACAUCUCUCCGAAAGCCCAACACUCCUGCUGGAACGCGUCGAUCGGCAUCAUGCCGGCGUGUACCAGUGUACCGCCGACAAUGGCGUCCGGGAAGCCGUUCACGUCGACAUCGAAGUUACGGUGCUGUCUCCACCAGACAUUACGGUCGAGAAGACGUGGGUCCACGCCAGCGAGGGCUUCGACAUCGAUCUCGUAUGCAUCGUGCACGGUGACGUGAACUCGGAGAUGCUUUGGUACCAGAACUCCUUUCUGCUAGAUCCAACCGAUCGUCGCUCGAUGUACUCCCGGGGUGACAAGUACACGCUCAACAUUAGAAACUUCCAGCAAUCGGAUUUCGGAAACUACAGCUGCGUUGCCGACAAUGCCUUGGGCCGGACGAAAAAGUACAUCGAAGUUUCCGGGCGUCCCGGGCCGGCUGCGUUCCUGUCGCCGGCGUACAGCAACUAUCUGGACCGGUACAAUCUCACCUAUACGAUAGAGUCCAUCCCACCGCUGGACGAGAUCAAGCUACUUUAUCGAAAGUUGAUGAUGAACGAAACAUAUCAACAUCCGGGCAGCUGGGAGGACACCAUUUUAGUGCCAACAUUAACCAGAUCCGAUCCUACACAUUUUAUUAUGUCGCAUGUGAUAAGGGGCCUGUCGCCGAACUCCGUCUACGAGGUAAUGAUCCAGGCGCGGAACGUGCACGGCUGGAACGAGAUCAGUGACAUCCAUCAGUUCUACACGCGCAACUUUGAGCUAACCCCGAACGAGCUGGAAUUCGUGAUGAGCUCCAUCUCCAACAGUGGCCACCGGAAACCAUUCUCCCAGCCGGCAAGCAUGAAGAUGCUUCUCACUUGCUUCAUUACGUUCAUUGCCGUAAGUUUCUCCCUAGCAAGAUGUUAAGUUGACCGUCGUCUGUCAACCAGUUUCCAUCCAGCUUAGUGAAUUAUAAUAAUUUCCCAACCCCGGUACGUGUAUAAGGCUUCAAAACCACCCAAAAGCACCUGUAAAAUAGUUUUUCAACGUAAAUGUGUAAAAAACAAGCGAUAUCAUUACCCACAAUUAGAAUCACAAUGAUUCCCUUCACUUUUAACAAAUGGAAAAUCUUGCCGAAGGAAUCUAUCAUGCGUCUCGAGUAAAGGAAAAGAAAAGUGAUAUAGUCGAUAGGAAGCUAAGUAGCGUAUGCACUGAGUUUAGAUUUGACCCCACCCCCAUUCCUACCCCAUUGUCCCGGCUCCCUUUUUGUCCAUCAAAGCAAAUUAGUUUGAAUAGCGUAAACGAGUAAGUAUGGCUUCUCAGCAGUGAAGCAGCCCUUCGAUAAAAAAAAUAUUACUCGUAUGAAAGUAGGAUGAACUCUGUAUACACAAAAAGCAGUAAGCGGGUGUAUCGUGUGUUUUAUGUGAGUCAAUGUGAAAGAGAGCGUAUCGUUACUAAAUAAGCUAGACCGGAAGGAGGAGAUCGAAGCCAAUUCCUUCAUUGCCCACGAAUAAUCAACGUAUCCCUUAGGAGAGAGCAGAAACAAGAGAAAAAAAACUCAUCUUUGUGAAUUAUUAUAGCAAAAGCGGCCAUGUCGAUUGGGACAGUGGGGAGAAAAAAAGUUUUCUAAAACCGAAGGGACUCGAAAGGAUUCGAUCCUUGUAGCUCGUUAGAAUUGGAUGUAAUGCGUGAGCUGAAAGCCAAGUGAUUGUUUUUGUUUGUUUCGUUGUCCACAGUAGCUGUACAUAGAGACUUCAUUCAUACCAAAUCAUGCGCGAUAGAUGGUUUUGAAGCUGGGGAAGGUGAUUAGCGGACCUUACGGAAAAGACCGAGCGCAUCCAUUAGUGGCUUCUGCUAUUAAACCUUUUGCCCCGCGUUGCUGGCCAUCCGCAGAUCUUCAGAAAGUCCUCGGCUGUGGACUUUCUUAAUGGACUUUGAUGGAUCGGCAACGUGGCAAGCGCGCGCUCGCAUCCCGUAAUGGAUGUGCCAAGGUGUCCCCGAGGUGUAGGUAAAUUUUUAAUUCAUCAUCAAAAUCCCAACGUCCGGAAGCUUUUAUUAACCGGAGCGUUCGCUGGUGGUGAAUGGUUGUUGUAACCCUUGCGCGCGAACAAGCCAACAACCAACUCUGGCAGAACAAAACAAAAGUUACAACCACCAAUGUUCGGGUCGGGUCGAAGAUGUUCAAUAUCACGAACCACGAACCCCACCGCCAUCGGGGUUGUGGUCGAUCGGGAGGAGAAGACGAGUUUGUGACGAACUUCUUCCAAAAAACCGGAUGAUGGAUUUCCACCUUCUUUUCACCUGGUCCCGCCGUAAGGCAUUGUGCGGGGAAAUGGCUUUCUGGAGGCGAAAGUUUUUCCCCCGCUUCGAAGGCUUUUAAAAAUGGCUACCGAACCGUACACGUCGAGGUGGGCCUAAAGUUUGGAGUUUCUAUAGGUGUUGUGGUGACCUGCCACCGGAACCUCCACAAGGAUGUUGGGUGGUUGGUUAGGGGGUGAAAAACGGUGAAAGAAAAGAAUCAGAGUUCUAGGAAGAGAGCUCGCUGGCAUAAAAAAAGAAAGGGGAUAAGUGAAUGUGAGAGUGUUAAUGCUUUGGCUAAAGUGUUUGCCCUCUCCCAGCGAAGCUACCGAUCGGCUGAGACCCAUGUGGCCUCGUCAAAUCUUAAAAUCCAUCCGGGAUCCUUCUUUUGCUUUGUUUUCCAUUUCUUUAGCGGCUCAAAAGGGCGAAAAAGGAAGGAGAGAAUGCUGGAGGAUUCCCCGGAGCCAAUCGCUUGCCCAAACCCGGCCGGAGACAAAAGUUUAUGCUCGAAGCAAAUGAUGAAUCUUUGAUUAAAAACACUAAAGUGCCUUAUCUACGAAUAGAUCGAGAUGGCUUUUGUCGGUGGCAGUGGUGGCGGCGGCGGCAACUCGUGAUUGGUGCUCGGCUGGGAAUCCGGAGUUGGCAAGAGCAUUUAUGGUGGAGAUCAGAAUCAUUUCUAUCGGUCAAAUUGUUGGGAAAAACUGCUUUUGAGGAGUGUGUUUAGUUCCAAUGGUUUGGUUAGCUUAAAUUUGCCCAGCUAGUUUCUAAAACAGCUUGCAGAUUAGAUUGGCUAAUUUCUCGUUUCUCGCUUCAAAAGAACAUACAUGGACACACGAUCCACUUACUACAACCAUAAGCUAGUACGUCCGGCAUCACUAAGCCGUAAAUCAAACAUUUGGCUCAGUGUGGAACUCAUCCACAUCCAGGAAACCAGUCCAGUAGAAGGCGGCGUGUGUGGUGGCUGACAUUGGACUGUGUCCAGUUUCAGGACUCAGCCGGCCUGUACAUAAGUGAGAACAAGUAUCGUAGAAUCAUCUCAUCUCCCUGUCCCGUUGCUAACCAUCGUAAGGCACCAGCGAUUUUACCCGAACCCCAUCACCAGCACCAUUAGAACUUAGCCGUAAGUACACGUAAGUAGACGUCUCGUAGUGUAGCGAUUCGAGAGAGAGAGAGAGAGAGAGAGAGAGAGAGAGAGAGAGAGAUAGAGAAAAAGAGCAGCGGAGAUCCAUUCCGAAUCGUUGGUGGUAGAAUUUUGUACAUAUUAAAUGUAGCGCUAGCCUUCAUUGAAACGCUCAUUGGAAAGGUGAAAAGGUCAAGCGAAAGUUAAGACAAAACAAAAAGAAGCAAAUCGGAAAGGAAUGGUGAGAGAAAAAAAAGACGAAAGUCUUAUAGUGUGAAUGAUGGAUAAAAAAAAACCAAACCCCGUCUAGCCGGUGUAAACGUAAACUUGUGUAAAAUGUAACAGCCAAUAGAAAUAAAUGAAGAUACUAACGAUUGGUUUUGAUGUA